AAUGCCAUCACUACUUCCUCUUCUUCAUACACACAUCGCACCACAUAUUUUUCCUCAUUCUUCCCCUCUUUUCCUCUCCCCACAAAAAAUACUCCCUUCAUCUAAUAGCCAUGUUUAAUCCAAGAAACCAAAAACCCAAUGAUCAUAUCCCAAUUCUUGAUCCUGUUACAACCUCAGAUUACAGUUAUAACCUUAGAAAUUUGCCUAGAAAUGAAGUUGAAAGUGUCCGAUUUAGAGUUCAAGAAAGUUUAAACCAUGUUGAUUAUGGUGAUAAAUCUGGUGUUUCUUCACCACCCUUAUGGAAAAAUAGCCAUCAAAUUUCGACAAAUUAUCGGUCAAAUUCAACUAGCUCUAGAGCUUUAGCUAUAGCUAAAGGCCAAUUUGAACUUAUGGAAAUGGUCAAAAACAUGCCUGAAUCUUGUUAUGAGUUGUCUCUUAAGGAUCUUGUUGAGCAAAAUAGAGUCUUGGAAUCUGAUCAAGAAGAAUGCUUAAUAAAUAAAGUGGAGGAAAAUUUUACUAGUACAACUAGUCCAGAACAAGAAGUUGUACAACAAAGGGUGAAGAGCAUACAAAGGCAAGAGAGUAAUAGUAAUAAAAAUAAGAAAGGGAAGAUGAUUACAAGUGAGAGUUUUGAAAAUCAGAGCCUUUUUCUAAAGAUGUUUUUUCCAAUUUCUUUGGAGUCAAAGAAGAAGAAUUUGAAGAAUUCACCAAAAACAACUAAUACUAAAGUUUCACCUAAGCCAGAAGGGUCAGUAAAAUCUUCAAAAAAUGUGGAAAAAGAUUGGUGGAAAAGGAGAUUUUCUUGUUCAAGUGAGAGUGAUAGUAGUAGAACAGGCAGCAGUAAUAGUGAAAGUACUGACAGAAGUGGUAGCAGUGGCAGCAGUGGUAGCAGAAAAAGUAAAUACAGGAAAAAGAAAGGAUUAUUAUCUAGUUGCUGGUCAAGAUCAUGCUUUAGUAAAAGCAAAUCAGCAGAGUGAAGAUAACCAAAUAUGUCUCUCUUGUUUGGUUAAUGAGACAUGUAAAUCAUAUAUACUUACAGUCUUACAGAUAAAAAUCCUGUAAAGAGCUUUGAUAAUAAUGUUUAUUUUAUUGUAAAUUUAUUGUAGCACAGUUUUGCAAUGUAUCAUUGUAUAAUUCUUGGCUCUGGCUGCUACAGGAAUAGGAUAUCUCUAAUUAAUUAUGCCACAGAUGAAUGUUGUGCCAAAUCGUUCAUAGCUACAAUAUAAUGUUUCAAUA